UGUCCCCAGCAGGCAGGGACCAGCAGCUCGGCUCCACCAGAGACCAGCACCAUGAAGCUUUUCACCAGCCUCGUGUUCUGUUGCUUGGCCCUGGAAGUCAGCAGCCUGGGCUUGUUUGAUUUCGCUGAGCAGGCUUAUGACGGAACCAAAGACAUGUGGAGAGCCUACUCUGACAUGAGAGAAGCCAAUUUCAAAAACUCAGACAAAUACUUCCAUGCCCGGGGGAACUAUGACGCUGCCCAAAGGGGACCUGGCGGUGCCUGGGCUGCUGAAAAGAUCAGUGAUUUCAGAGAGGCUUAUCCGAGACUCACUGACUUUGUUAGGCAUGGAGACAGCGGCCAUGGAUUGGCGGACCGAAUGGCUGACCAGGAAGCCAACAGAUGGGGCCGGAGUGGCAAAGACCCCAAUCGCUACAGACCUCCAGGCCUGCCUGCCAAGUACUGAGCUCCUUCACUCUGCUCUCAGGAGACGGGGCUGUGAGCCCAUUAAGGGCAGGGACCCUGAGUCAUUGAGUUCUACAUCCCCAGAUGCUGACAGAGGGCACAUAAUGGAUGUCUAAUAAAUGCU